AUGGCUGUCGCUUACGAAGGACAACUGACGGGUCACCGUGGCUGGGUUACAUCCCUCGCCUGCCCACAAACGCCUGAAACCGCAACGAAGGUGGUAUCCACAUCCCGGGACAAGACCCUUCUUUCAUGGGGCCCUAACCCCGACCGGCACAGCAGUGAGUGCAGCUAUGGCCUUCCCGACAGGCGUCUGGAGGGGCACAGCGCAUUUGUGUCUGACGUUGCCCUUUCCAACAACGGGAAUUUCGCUGUGUCUGCGUCAUGGGACCAUUCCCUGCGCUUGUGGAACCUGCAGAACGGACAAUGCCAAUACAAGUUUCUUGGCCACACAAAGGACGUACUCUCCGUGGCCUUCUCUCCCGACAACCGACAGAUUGUCUCCGGUGGUCGUGACAACGCUCUGCGCGUAUGGAAUGUCAAGGGCGAAUGCAUGCACACUCUGAGCCGCGGUGCUCACACCGACUGGGUGAGUUGUGUCCGCUUCUCCCCGUCUUUGGAUGCCCCUGUCAUCGUCUCUGGUGGUUGGGACAACCUGGUGAAGGUCUGGGACCUCGCUACCGGGCGACUUGUCACGGACCUUAAGGGACAUACAAACUAUGUCACAUCUGUGACCGUUUCCCCUGACGGUUCCCUCUGUGCAUCUUCCGACAAGGACGGCGUCGCUCGUCUGUGGGACCUGACUAAGGGUGAGGCCCUUUCUGAGAUGGCCGCUGGUGCGCCUAUCAACCAAAUCUGCUUCUCCCCCAACCGUUAUUGGAUGUGUGCGGCUACCGAAAAGGGCAUCCGCAUCUUUGACCUGGAGAACAAGGACAUCAUCGUCGAGCUUGCGCCGGAGCAUCAGGGCAGCAAAAAGAUUGUCCCGGAGUGCGUUUCCAUCGCGUGGUCUGCGGAUGGUAGCACCCUGUACUCUGGGUACACGGACAAUGUCAUCCGUGUCUGGGGUGUAUCGGAGAACGCGUGA